UGCACACUUCAUUUCCUCGCCUAUAUAUCUCCCCGUGUGGAUCCACACCCUUUUCCAUUUUUAACUCAUUCCUCUUUUCUUUUAUUUAUUUCUUUAUAGUAUUUUUCUCCUUCUUCUUAUUUUUCUUCUUUUCUGCAAACACCCUUCAGACAAAAGGAAUGGAAUAAAACAAAUUUGCUUUCUGUAUUUAUUUAUUUUGUUCCUUGGUUCGAUUAAUUGAAGUUUCUUUUCACUUAGUGUUGGGAUUCAGUAUAUAAACAUAGAGUGAAGGAAAAGAAAAUCAAGAUAUUAAGAAAGCUUUUGAGAGUUCACAAAGAAGAUGAAGAAAACCAACUCUACUGGGUCACCAAAACUUGAUCGAAAGACAGUCGAGAGGAACCGAAGAAUUCAUAUGAAGGGUUUAUGUUUCAAGCUUGCUUCUCUUAUUCCUUCUCAUCACUUAAAGCAUUCCAAGGACACGUUAUCGCAGCAAGAUCAACUAGAUCAUGCCGCGGCCUACAUAAAACACUUGAAAGAAAGAAUAGAGAAAUUGAAGAAGAUGAAGGAACAAGCAAUGAGAUCAUUAGCAACUAAUAGCACUAACAAUAAUGCACUGGAUGCGACGACGAUGGGAUCGAGAUUGCCAAUGAUUGAACUUAGAGACUUGGGUUCCAGCAUUGAAGUCAUUUUGAUAAGUGGCUUGAAGAAAAACUUCAUGUUGUAUGAAGUUAUCACCAUUGUUGAGGAAGAAGGAGCUGAAGUCGUCAGUGCCAGUUUUUCUACUGUGGGCGAUAAGGUGUUUCACAUCAUCCAUGCUCAGGUUAAAAUUUCAAGAGUUGGUGUGGAGACUUCAAGGGUAUGCCAGAGAUUGCAGAAAUUAGUUGAUUGGAGUUGCAUAUGAAAAUGCAAUGAAAUUUUGAAUAGUAGAAGAUAUGCUGUUGCAUUUUUAUUAGUUAUAGUAUAUAUAUUAAAACUAGAUAAGAAUUUUUCAAAUUUUAAAUUUCAGUAUUAUUAACACGAAGUCGGAGCUUCUUCCACAAAGAAUACUAGAACUGUCAGAUUUUCACUUUCUAGUCCUUAA